AUGGCCUUGAGCGAUAUCCUGUACCCUGGCAACCCAGCGAGGCGGGAAAAGGUGGUGCGGUUACACCAGGACCUGAUCAACUGCAUAGAGCUCAAUUUUGAUGCCACCAAUGAGCUGAUUAAAGCCUUAAACACACACUGUCAGUUCAAGUUGCACCCCAUUAAGAUGAACAAGAACGGCACCGUCCGGGAGAACUGCGACGUACUCCUCGCAGCCAUACAGUCCAUCCAAGACACGCUGCAGGCCAUCGAUGCAAGGUUGAAGAGCGAACUGGAGCCAGAUCUCUACCGAAAGCUUCACGAUUUCCAGGAGCCUGAUGCCAAGAAGAUGCAGAUUCUGCGCAAUGUGGCCAAGGGGGUGAGCUUCCUUGGUGGGAUCGUGGCCAUAAGGAUCUUCUACAACCUGGCGUCGCCGGUGGUGAGCAGAGUCCUGAGCCAAAUGAGCACCAUCUUGGCCAGGAUCAGUGCCUCUGUGAUAGGCCUCAUGGCUGGCGCGUUACUGGGCGUGGGUGUCGACUUGAUUCUCAGCGCGAUCCUGGGCGCUGUAGAGAGAGACCAACUGGAGGCGAAGAUUCAGGAGCUCGAGAAGCUGGUGAGUGAGUUGAAGCCAGCCUCCCAUGAGUAUUACAAAACCAUCAUAAAGAUCAGCUGCACGCUGCCAUAGCCGGAGGAGAAUCAGCCGCUCAGACGACUCCAGACCAAGCUGCAAGUUACCAUUACUUGUAAAAAUAAGGCCGUGGGGAUCAGCUCCCAUCUACCGUGACUUAGCCCAGCGCCAUUAAAGCCAGCACAAUAAAUGAUCUCUAGCUCUUA